AUGCCUCGAAGCAAGGCAGACGCAACACUUUCUGAGCAGUUGAAGGAGUUCUACAGAUCCUUCUUCAAAGAUCCAAACUUCAAGCUCGAGAGGUUUCAUCAACUGGCCAGGAAGAAACACAUUCCUGCUGCGAUGGUUUCUCAAGCCCUCGAAAAAAAGAAGGCACCGUGUCUCUUUACCUUCUUGAACUUCAAACCCAAUGAGAGUUCUUUCAAAGCGGAGGAUGUCAAGGACGAACACAACUGUCAGCUGAUUCUCAAGCUCCUCGCGACGAUCGGACUGACAGUGCCUUCAACUCCCCAUGUGUCAAGGGCACUGGCGGUUGUAGCGAAGGAAGAGGAUUUGCUGGGGGCAUGGUCGGACCAGGAAGCUGACCUUCACAGGGGGCUGAUGCAGUAUGCCAUCCGCCGGACUGGUCGCAACCCCGAUUCGAGGAGUUGGGAUGCCAACAUGUCGAAAAUCAAAGGCAUGGUCAAAGAGCUGCAGAAGGCACGACGUCAUCCGAAUCCGAAAGUGAACUUGGAGAGGGUCACAGUGAGCACCCAGCCGAAGAAGAAAGCCUCACAAACGAUGAGUGUGUGCCCUGGGGAUCCAGCUGGCGGUCAACACCCAGAUGCCGGUAAGCCAGAGAUCCCGAAGGAAUUGGGCGUGUUCUUCACUUUGUGGCCAUGUGAGAAACCCUUUCCAGUACGAUCUGUCCCUGCAACUUUGCUGGCCGCUGCAGAAGCUUCGAUGGUCCAGCAGAAGAUGCGACAAGCUGCAGCAUCUUUCCAGCCUGCUGCUGGCCCAGCACCUGGCGAUGCGCCGAAGGCAUCCAGGGGAAAGGGCAAGGGCAGAGGUAAAGGGAAAGGUAGAAAACAAAAGGGUUCGGAGGAUGAAGGCAAGGAAGGCAAGGACGAAGAAGAACAGGAGAAUAGUGCCGACGGCAGCGAUGCCGACUUAGAGGAAGAGGACCAGGAGAUUCGAAAGGAGUUGUCAGAAAGUGAGGAAAACAAAGGUGAAGGGAAGACAGAAAGGAAGACACCCAAGCGAUCCAGGUCAUUCACCCUGGCGCCCUUGACUUCCAAGGGCCCUAGCAUUGGGGUCUUGCCACUGGCCGGAUCACUGGUGAGUUCAGAUCUGAAUAUGUGUCAAUCCAUCGAGGGCAUCAGUUACACUUUCCUGGGCAAAGCAUGGUGGAAUUGGCGAGUCGCCGGGGUCUCGGACUUGAGUUGGGCAGGGCAGGAUGUUUCUCCGGACUUGGAUGACUACCCGCCCAAACCACCUGGCCUCCCAAAUUGUUCUGCAUUUGGUCCACAAGAGCUCAAUAUUCCUGUGAGGCUAGAAUCUUUGGAUCUUCGUGGCAAGGACAGGUUCCAUGCCAUAGAGUACGUCGACCAGAUCUCUUCCCAGAGCAGCGCUGUGAACCGCCGUGCCAAGUCCUUGGUUAAAGCAUGGCAUAUUAUUUCAUCGAUCGUGGUUCUACUUUUGGAAGAAUUGAUCAAGCCACCCCAUCACAGAGAUGUGGACUGCCUGGAUGCCUUUUGUGGCAAAGGAAGGUUGGAUUUCGAUAUUUUGCGACAAGGGCAGGACAACGAUAUUACCACUACGCUGUCAAAUGGCAAGCGGCCCAAUUUCAAAUCUUCCUCCCUGGCGACAAAGGCAUGGCUACCUGAAGUUGAUACAGCAGGAUCGGAUGUCGGACGGCACUGGUCCUCAUCAUCCUACUAUGCCGCGCAGCAUACAUAUUUGUGGAGCAGCCACAAAGCUCUAAGCUCUUUAUGGAUGCCCUUGAAGCUUCGGAAAAAGCUAGGGUUGUCUAGUGCUGGAGUGACAGUCAAGAAAGUCAACAAGGAUGACCUGCCACCUCCAAAUGAUUGGAGCCAUGCCAACUUAGAACCGUUGCAGCAGUUCCUGAGAGAACAGGCUGCAGCAGGUGAGACACAAGACUUACCUGACACGCUUCCAGCGACCGACAUGGAGGUUCAAAACGCGUUGACAGGCAAGGGAGAGAAGGGCUCUAAGAAGGAAGAAGCAAAGGAAAAGAAAGGAAAGAAGGAAGCCAAAGGAAAGCAUAAGAAGACGAAAGAGGCUAAAGGAAAGAAGGCACAUAAGUCGAAGAAGAGCAAGAAGACGAAAGUCUUGAAGAAAGGAAAGACGUCUAAGGGGUCGAAGUUGAAGGGAAAGUCAAGCAAGGCUUCUGUCAAGAAGGGGAAAGAUGGACUUGCCAAAAGAGACUUGCAGAAAGAAUUCGACAGAGCAGCUUUGACAGAGCAAGUGCCAGCCACUCAGCCAGACAAGAGUUCAGACGAGGAAGGGGAUCACGGACAUGGACCACGACCCAAUUUGGUUGGCUACGUCUACUACUCUGCAAAAGACCAGUGGCAGUUGAAACUUCAAAAGCUCAUGGUCGGGGAGGACUACAAGCAGUGCAUUGUGGAGGCGGGUGGCUACAUACUCUUUUUCGAGGACGAGAACUGUGUGCUGAGCCAUCUUCCUGACCGCACCCAAUUUCCAUUGCGUGUCUUCAGGGAACCUGUGCAGGCACAGGCUUAUGCCCAGAUUCGCGCUUCGGAAAAGGAACAGGAAGAUGCAAAACGACAGAAGCAGGCAGAGACUUUAGCAGCGCAGAAAAAAGUUGAAGAUGAGAAGAUCUCGCAGAGCGUCGCUGAAGAACUUGCAGACAUAGAAAAGAACGCAGCAAAGGCAGCUGAAAAACUUGCAGAGCAAAAGGCUGCUGCAAAGAAGUUGCUUGAAGAACAGGAGAGGAAGAAGAGAGAGAUGGUCGAGCAACUGGUGGCGAAAGAGAUGGCAGAACGAAAGAUGGCUGAAGAGAAGGCAAAAGCGGCAGCACAGCAGAAGAUGGUUGAAGAGGCAAAGAUCGCAGAAGAAGUCGCGAGGAAGCUCGCAGAGCAGAAGGCCGCAGAAGAUGAGAAGAAAGCCUUGAAGGAACUUGAGGAACGACAGGAGGCUGAAAAGAUGGCACAAGAGCAGAAGGCAGAGAAGGAAAAGGCAGCGAUAGCCCAAGAAGACAACAAAGACGCAGCUCGCAGGAUUGAAGAACCGAAGAAAACAGAGGAGGAGGAGGAUAUCGCACUCAAAGUGGCACAGAUGUUGGAAACGGAGAACUUUUCUGACAACCAGCAGAGAUACACAAAGAUUGUAGAGUUAGUGCGAAAGGCCAAGGGGAUGAUGGGUGAAGAUACGGAACAGGAGAAGAAGGAGGAGGAAAGGAAAGCUGUGGAAGAACUCCUCUUGCGACCUGCAACGAUGGAUUUGACUACUCCACCGGCCACACCUCUGCCUGCACCGUCACCUAUGCCCGCACCAUCGACGUCACUUCCGGAUACCCCCUUGCCACCCGGCGAGGAAGAGGCUGAGAAGUUAAAGGCCGCGGCUUUGGAAAGACAUAAGAAAAGAAAUGCGCAGUGGGGCACGGCAAAAAAGACACCGGAUGACAUCAAGGAGCUUGGACAGAAAGCAAUUAAGCAGAAAGAAAAGACAGGUGACUCCAGCGCGCUUCACGAACUCUUCGAAGAGUGGAUCACUUCGGGUGAAGAGUGGCGGAAAUCGCAGCUGUUUAUCCGCAUCCAAAACAACAACGGGACGAUUGACAGUGAUGCCCGGGGCUGGGUUUCCGUAGCAGAGUUGGAAGCCAAGCUGGGACCAGCAGGUGCUGAUUCCAUGAUUACUUUCUUGGAAGCCACCGCCCCGGAAAAGUGCCGAGAUCACCCUGAUGCCCCGGGGGUCAAGGAGUGUCGACAAUACAAUGUGCUGAUCAAAGACGAGAUGGAAAAACGAAAGGAAGAUUGGGUGACAAAGACUAUGGAGUGCAAAGACGGCAGCUCUUCAGACUCUAGCUCUGAAGGCCCAAAGAGAAAGUCAAAGGGAAAGAAGGCACCAAUGGGGGUGGUAUCUGCAGAUCAUUUUUUAAAGCCAUGA